ACUGUAAUGUCCAAUUGGUAUCAUGUAUUCAUAUGAUUAACAUUUGCAUAGAAAUGACAGUUUGUUUGUAUUGAUGUGAUGUACUCAUAGGAGCACUCGAUGGCACAGGUAUGACAGGUAUGGCCAUUGAAUGAUAUAAUGCCAUAAGACAUAAGACGGUCGUAAUGAAGACAUGGAAGACGCAGAUGUGGUGCGAAAGAGUGGUCGUGAAGGCCAUCCUCACCAGUCUAUUGGUCAGGAGAAGUACUGUUCGUGUAUUACAGUGCAAGACAGGCUCAGACAAGCCAAUGGUGUGGCUAUGAGGGGUUCGGGCGGUACGGGAGGUGCGGGAGUGAUAAAACUGGAAGUGGUGUCGAGUCAGUCGCGAGUGAGUGUGACCAUCGAUGGCGCGACUAUUGUGGACGACUCGGAUGAGGGCAAAGGUCGGGGCAUUCAUGUGCUGGUAUUGCAUCAGUCGACCGGUUCAGUGAUGGCUCAGCGCCUGUUCGACACGUAUUCGCCACACGAAGACGAAGCCAUGUCUUUGUUCCUAUCGAUGGUAACGGACGGAAGGAUUGUGAUAAUGGGU